GCCGGGCAGAGCGCGAGCGGUGCCGGGGGGCGCGGGAGCAGCAGCAGCAGCACCAGCAGCAGCAGCAGCGCCCGCCCGCGCGACCUCAACAGUCGCCCCCCCCGCCCGCCUCCGUUAACGGCUCCUCCCGCGGGAGGGGGGCGGAGAAGCGGAGCCCGGCAGCGGAGCCCCGCGGGCCAUGGGGGUCCCGUGGCCGGAGCAGGCGCAGCGAGGGCAGCGGCAGGUAUCUCCAUUUUACUGAUACCAGAAAGUAAGUGACUCCAGUAGGCGUCCUUUGGGAAUCAUUCUAACCAAAGAUAACAGAAAUUUGCCUGGAUUAACACUGAACUGAACGCAUCUGAACUGAAGGAAAUGUUUUAAGAUUGGUCUCCUGACAGGAGUUGCACAAAAAUGGUGCACUGAGGGUUCUGCUUCUUCUGGGAAGACAGUAACUGUAUAUUUAUAGUGCAGUUUACUGGUCCAUAAAAAACAAUGUAAUAAUAAAGCUAACAGUAAAUUUAUGUAACACUAGUGAUUCCCCUCCCCCUGACUGGACAUGAGUGAUCAAAGGUCUUUGCAAGAAGAUAAGCACAAAAUUAGCAGAACUUCCUCAAAGUUCAGGGAGUCUUCAAGAAGCAUGCAAUCUGAUGAUUAUUUUGCAAGAAAGCUUAAAGCUUUGAAUGGCAGCAUGGGUCCUCCUGUUUCUUCAAAUGUAUCUAGCAAAGCUGAAAAUAAUCAAUCAAAUGGUACACCAGCUGUGCCUAAAAUGGGUGUUCGAGCAAGGGUAUCUGAAUGGCCGCCUAAAAAGGAUUGCUCUAAGGAGCUGAGUAAAGCUGCUUGGGAAAGCAGAUCUCCAGCUAGUUACGAAAGUGUUGGAUCAGUACAUCCAAAUGGACAAAAUGACCAAACUGAAGGGCAACAAGAAGAGCUAGAACUGGAAUUUGCAGAGGGAAAAUAUUCUAUUGGAGAUCUGUUUGUUCAUUCUCCUCAAAGGGGACUUCAUCCCAUUAGACAAAGAAGCAACAGUGAUGUGACGAUAAGUGAUAUCGAUGCUGAAGAUGUGUUAGACCAGAAUGCUGUUAACCCAAAUACUGGAGCAGCCCUUCAUCGAGAGUAUGGAAGUACUUCUUCAAUUGAUAGACAAGGCUUGUCUGGAGAAAACUUUUUUGCAAUGCUAAGAGGAUACCGAGUAGAAAACUUUGAACAUAAAACCCUUGCUCCAUUUGGAUUUUCUGAGUUUUUCCACUGUGAUCCUACAGUUUCUCCAAGUCUGCAUGCUGCUGCACAGAUUUCCAGGGGGGAGUUUGUCAGGAUUUCUGGUUUGGAUUAUAUGGAUAGUGCGCUGCUCAUUGGUCGAGACAGGGAGAAAUCUUUCAAGAGGAGACUAAAAUCAGAAACGGUAGAAACAUCUCUAUUUAGAAAAUUGCGAACAGUUAAAAGUGAGCAUGAAACCUUUAAGUUUUCCUCUGAUCUGGAUGAUAGACUCGACAGAAAUGUGCGCUCUUGGAACUGUCAGAAGUGUUUUGCUCAUUAUGAUGUUCAGAGCGUUUUGUUUAACAUCAAUGAAGCAAUGGCUACCAGAGUAAACGUGGGAAAAAGAAAAAAUAUAACCACUGGGGCUUCAGCUGCAUCACAAACUCAGAUGCCAGCAGGCCAAACAGGAAACUGUGAAUCGCCUUUGGGAAGCAAAGAGGAUCUCAAUUCAAAAGAGAAUUUAGAUGCUGAUGAGGGUGAUGGGAAAAGCAAUGACUUAGUACUGAGCUGCCCUUACUUCAGGAAUGAAACUGGUGGAGAAGGAGAUAGACGGAUUGCACUUUCCAGGGCGAAUUCAGCAUCUUUUUCUUCAGGUGAAAGUUGUUCUUUUGAGUCCUCUCUGAGUUCCCAUUGCACAAAUGCUGGUGUUUCAGUACUGGAAGUACCAAGAGAAAACCAGUCAAUUCACAGAGAGAAAGUGAAGCGUUACAUCAUAGAACAUAUUGAUCUUGGAGCGUACUAUUACCGCAAGUUCUUCUACGGAAAAGAACACCAGAAUUACUUUGGAAUAGAUGAAAAUCUUGGACCUGUAGCAGUCAGCAUCCGGAGGGAGAAGGUUGAAGAUGCUAAGGAAAAAGAAGGAUCUCAGUUCAACUAUCGGAUAGUUUUCAGGACAAGUGAGCUUACCACACUUAGAGGAGCAAUUUUAGAAGAUGCUAUACCAUCCACUGCAAGGCAUGGCACAGCAAGAGGUCUGCCUCUCAAAGAGGUACUGGAAUAUGUAAUACCAGAGCUGAGCAUUCAAUGCCUGAGGCAGGCUUCCAACUCACCCAAAGUACCUGAACAGCUGCUUAAAUUGGAUGAACAAGGGCUGAGUUUUCAACACAAGAUUGGUAUCCUAUACUGCAAAGCAGGCCAAAGCACAGAGGAAGAAAUGUAUAACAAUGAGAUGGCGGGACCAGCUUUUGAGGAGUUCCUUGAUCUGCUGGGCCAAAGAGUACGGCUAAAAGGGUUUAGUAAAUACAGGGCUCAGCUAGAUAACAAAACUGAUUCAACAGGAACUCAUUCCCUCUAUACUACUUAUAAAGAUUAUGAGUUAAUGUUUCAUGUAUCAACAAUGCUUCCAUACAUGCCCAGUAACAGGCAACAGCUGCUAAGGAAAAGGCAUAUAGGAAAUGACAUAGUUACCAUUGUCUUCCAAGAGCCAGGAGCGCUUCCUUUUACUCCAAAAAAUAUUCGUUCCCACUUUCAACAUGUAUUUGUCAUUGUCAAAGUGCAUAAUCCUUGUACUGAAAAUGUGUGCUAUAGUGUUGGUGUUUCAAGAUCAAAAGAUGUACCUCCAUUUGGUCCACCCAUUCCCAAAGGAGUAACCUUCCCCAAGUCAGCAGUCUUUAGGGACUUCCUUUUAGCCAAAGUUAUUAAUGCUGAAAAUGCAGCACAUAAGUCGGAAAAAUUUCGAGCCAUGGCCACAAGGACACGUCAAGAAUACUUGAAAGAUCUGGCAGAAAACUUUGUUACCACAGCUACGGUGGAUACUUCAGCAAAGUUUAGCUUCAUUACUUUAGGCGCAAAAAAAAAGGAAAAAGUGAAACCAAGGAAAGAUGCACAUUUAUUCAGUGUUGGAGCAAUUAUGUGGAAUGUGAUCGCACGAGAUUUUGGCCAGUCUGCUGACAUUGAAUGUCUCCUUGGAAUCUCCAAUGAAUUUAUCAUGUUGAUUGAAAAGGAAUCAAAAAAUGUUGUGUUUAACUGCUCCUGCAGAGAUGUUAUUGGAUGGACGUCUGGAUUAAUGAGCAUCAAAAUAUUUUAUGAAAGAGGAGAAUGUAUUCUUCUGUCUGCAGCAGAUAAUUGUACUGAAGACAUCAGGGAAAUUGUUCAAAGGCUCGAAAUAGUGACCAGAGGAUGUGAAACCACAGAAAUGACCCUUCGGAGGAAUGGGUUGGGCCAGCUUGGAUUCCACGUGAACUUUGAAGGAAUAGUGGCAGAUGUGGAGCCCUUUGGUUUUGCAUGGAAAGCAGGCCUAAGGCAAGGGAGCCGUCUGGUUGAAAUCUGUAAAGUGGCUGUGGCAACUUUGACUCAUGAACAAAUGAUUGACCUUUUACGCACAUCAGUGACAGUAAAAGUGGUGAUUAUUCAGCCACACGAGGAUGGAGCACCUAGAAGGGGUUGUUCAGAACUUUGUCGUAUACCCAUGGUGGAAUACAAACUUGACAGUGAAGGCACCCCAUGUGAGUAUAAAACCCCUUUCAGAAGAAAUACCACUUGGCAUCGGGUGCCGACUCCCGCUGGGCAGCCUCUCUCUCGUGCCUCUCCAAUCCUAGGAACAUCUGACAGACUGCAGUGCCAGCAGCUUCUCCAGCAGGCUCAGACAGCCAUUCCUCGCAGCACUUCCUUUGAUAGAAAACUGCCAGAUGGUGCAAGUCAACAUUACAGAAGUUCUCCAAGCAACCAGUCCUCAUCCAGUGACCCAGGACCCAGCGGGAGCAGCCAGUGGAGACAGCAAGUGGGAUAUGAUGGGUGCCAAUCCCCUUUACUCCAUGAACACCAAGGUACUGGCUCACUGGAGUGUGAAGGAGGCAGAGAACGAGAGGAAACUUUGGAUGGAACCAGACAUUCUGAAACCAAGUGGCAUGCACCAUCGAGCAAAGUCCUCAGCUCCUACAAAGACCGGGCUUUACAAAAAGAAGGCAGUGGCAAGGAGUCACCAAACAAACUUUCACAUAUUGGAGAUAAAAGCUGUUCAAGCCACUCAAGCAGCAAUACCCUAUCCAGUAAUACAUCCAGCAACAGUGAUGAAAAACACUUUGGUUCUGGAGAUCUGAUGGAUCCUGAACUGCUUGGAUUAACUUAUAUAAAAGGGGCAUCUACUGACAGUGGAAUUGAUACAGCUCCCUGUAUGCCAGCUCCUCUCCUGGCCCCUUUGCACCUUGCUGGCAGCAGGUCUGGAGUACAUUGUCGUACUGAGCAGUGGACGGAGUCUUCUGAAACUCCUGGGCUAGAUGAGGAGCCAACUAAAAUGUAUGCUGUUCAUAGCUAUGCCUCUGCUAUUUCUACCAGUCAUACAGCUGAAGGCAGUAUGGGAGACCUAAGUGAAAUCUCCUCUCAUUCCAGUGGGUCACAUCAUUCAGGAAGCCCAUCAACACACUGCUCUAAAAAGAGCGGCUCCCUAGAUACCUCCAAAGUCUAUAUAGUGUCACAGAGUAGUAGUCAACAGAUUUCUGGGUCAGUUUCAAAACCAUACCACAGACAAGGAGCAGUGAGUAAAUACGUCAUUGGAUGGAAAAAAUCAGAAGGAAGUCCUACACCUGAAGAAUCUGAAAUUUCUGAAUGCCACGAAGUGUAUGAUGAUAUUGAUGCUGUGUCUGCAUCGAGUCCACUUCAAACUUCUGUGAGGAAUGCCAUUGUUGAAAGCCAACAAGUGUUAUCCAAAGAAGAUUUUCUGAAGUUGAUGCUGCCAGAAAGCCUCUCUGCAGAGGAAGGGAGGAGAAAGUUUUCAUGUUAUGGAAACCUUUCUCCAAGGAGGACGCUUUAUCGUACCCUAUCUGAUGAGAGUAUAUGUAGCAAUCGAAGAGGAUCUUCAUAUGCUAGCUCUCGAAGUUCAAUGCUAGACCAAGCCCUGCCAAAUGAUAUCUUAUUCAGCACUACUCCACCAUACCACAGUACAUUGCCUCCCAGAAUGAGCCUGACUCCUGGAAUGGGAAAUCUGAGAAAUGAAUUCUGGUUCUCAGAUGGGUCCUUAUCUGAUAAAGCCAAAUUCAAUGAUCCUGGCCUGAUGCCCCUGCCAGACACUGCCACAGGGCUAGACUGGUCCCACCUGGUAGAUGCUGCACGAGCGUUUGAAGGUUUUGACUCAGAUGAAGAACUUGGGCCGUUCUGUCAUCACACGCCGUUUCUAGAUCAGAGAGUAGCAUCUUUUUGUACCUUGGAUGAUAUGCAGCAAGCUCAGGUUUUGGAAGGAACACAAGAAUUACCUUUGGAUGAGAGUCCCACAGAUGGAAAAGAUUUCCUCGAGGCUACUGGGGAGCAUGCUCCGACUACUCUGACUGGAAAAGUUAACCAGCUGGAAGUGAUCCUCCGGCAACUACAAACCGACCUGAGGAAGGAAAAACAGGACAAAGCAGUUCUCCAAGCAGAGGUACAGCAUCUGAGACAAGAUAACAUGAGACUUCAAGAGGAGUCUCAAACAGCAGCUGCUCAACUGAGGAAAUUUACAGAAUGGUUUUUCAAUACGAUAGACAAAAAAUCCUAGUGGCUGGACCCCCCUUCAAAAAUACUUACUUGUAGCAGCUGUAAUGUAACAGCUGUAUUUUUUUGAUUAGCGGGAUAAUAAUUUCACUGUGUUCACAAUCCAUUUUAGGUGUUUCUGCUACAUUCUCUAUCCAGCUUUAUUCAUUUGAAAAAGGGAGAACUUUGGUAAUCUGUCUUUAAAUUCAUAUGAAGAAAGCAGAGAAUAGCAGAUAUUUGUUUGUGUGAAGAUGAAUGUAAAAAAAAAAAAAUCUUAGUGUCAUUUUAGACAUUUUUAGAAGAUGCGCUGGCUAGGGCUUGCCUGAAGAGGAAUAUUUGGGGUUUUAGUUCCUUCAUUUCAGGUGCGCUGGUGAAGAUGUUAAAGCAAUUUACAUUAGCUUGGGCUUCAGUAUUGUAAGAUAAAAAGAAUAACCAGACAUAUACUUUAAUGUUUAAAAGGUGCUCUAUUUUUUUGUAUGUACAGUAGUUUUAUUUCCACGGUCCACAUUGUCAUAGCAAUAAGAAUGGAGGUAUAGUGAAUAGUCAAAAAGCUGUGUUUAUAAAAUGUUAGCACUGAUGUGUUUAACACUAGUUUGGAUGCAGAUACAUUAGAGAUUAUUUAUUUGCAGGAACAAAUGGUGCCUGAAUAUAAACAGUGUUCUGAUUUUCUAAAGAUUCACAUGCCUUGUAAAUGGCUCACUGGGGUUAGCCCACUCCCAACUUCAGUUACUUUUGUAUAGUUGAUGUUCAGCUAAACAUUAUAUUGCUUAACUAUUGGAAUCAUGUAUGGUGUGAGCCAGCCAAUCAAUUGUACAAUGCCAAAUUUGUUUAUCUUUGUACAGAAGCUUUGAUCAAGUGUCUUGUAUUUAACACCUUUAUUUAAGCUUAUUUAACCUUAAAUUGUUGAUUUUAUAAAGUUUGUUUUAUCUGCACUAUGGUGAGGUCAGUUGGUUGCAAGCUGUAAUAUUUUUAGCUUGCCAAGACUGUACUGAGGAGUUCUAGAAAAUUCUAACAAUUGGAUGCUGCUAGUACACAAUUGAUUUGUUUGUAUGCUUUAACAUUUUUAACUGUUUAAUUUGAAAUGAACAUACAUCCUGCUUUUUUAAUAAAUGUUAAAAAUCUAAACCUGAAAAAUUAUUUUAUCUUGUAUCAUCUACAACCCUUGUCACUAGCUCAGGUUUCAAUUCAGCUCACCGUCUAGGUUCUCAAUCCGGAGAUGAUCCAAACCCCUCGAGCAAUCAGUCCGUCGUUACCAAUGAGGAAUUGUCACCAUUAUCAAAGUGGAUUUCUUUGAUGUGGCCUAUGCUAUAACUGAGGAGGUAGCUUCACAGGUCAAGGAUCAAAAAGCUAUUUUGACUGUUCACAGGCAUUGAUUUAGUGACCUAUGACAAAAACUGCUUUACUGCAAAAUAUGUUCUAAAAAAAUAUUUUUCAAAAGGUAUCUAGUUUUCAUGUAUUAUUUUGCAUUAAUCACAACAGAAGAUAGGUUGCCAUCCUCUUCUGUCUGCAAUUGAAGAUUUGAUUGCAGUGUUAGCAUAUGUGAGAAGUGAAAGCAGGCUGUUGAUAGCUUGCACUGCUUAUUCCUCUUUAGCUACAGUUUUGUGUGUAGUACUGAGCUAUAUGUACUAAAUCUACUCCAAAAAAGAAAUACAAAUUUACAAAAUGAAAUGAAGCUAACAAGAACCUUUGAAGUUAUCCUUCAAUAAGGGAAAAAAAGAAAAUGUUUCCAAAUCAUGGUUGUAUUCCAGUUUCCUUUCAACAGCUAAAUGAAUUCAAGGAAGGCUACAGAAAAUUGUAGAAUUGUUACAGUAUAUAUGCAACUGAUGCAAAUAAAAUUCUGUAUCCAUUGUUUGCAUAUAUUGGC